UGUGAUUGAUAUUAGAAAAACAACAUUCAGUGAUGUUGUGGUUAAUUAUCUUCAAGAAAAAGGUUUCACAGUUUAUAAUCCUAUUGAAGCAUCUCUUGAUCUUGAACUAAAACUUAAAUUGUUCUAUAAAGAUCCAGAAAAAUACACUUUAUUUUUUCAAUACAUCAUUCUAAAUUAUUAUAAAAAUCAGGUUGAAAAGUUAAAUAAACUAACGAGUUUCGAUUACAUAAUUCUUGAUAGAACUUAUAUUGAUACUAAAGUAUUCACUAUAGCAAAUAUUGAUAAUGAUGAUAUUUUAACCUAUCUAGAAGAACAAAGACAAAAAAUUUUCCAAAUCAAUAAUGUUGAUAAGAUUUUUUAUAUUAAAUCCACAACCAAAACAAUGUUUGAGUAG